GUAUUUUUUUGGUACCUUCGCCGCCGUAGAAUCUGUGCGGUGGUUGAAAUUGAAAAGUGGAAUUUUUAUACAUUUCCACCGGUAAAAAUUAAUUGUUAUACAGAAUCAAUGCACUUGGCUUGUUUAGAUACAAACAGGAAAAAAGUGCUUUGAUAUUAGAAUGCCCGCAUCUGAUUUAUUUCGAGACGGAAUGUCCGGAGAUUCUGAAAAACACAAGCAACAGCAACACCUUUCUUUAUUGAAAGAAGAAUAUGUGAAACUGCAAGCAUAUUGUAGUGAUUUGGAGAAAAAAUAUGCCACUUUAGCAGCAACAUAUGGUGAUUGUAACGAUAAAAGUUUUGUCUCUAGAUUGUUAAAAACAGUAACAACGCUCUACAACAAUAAACUUUACAGCGAUUUAAAUAUAGCAUUAGCUAAUGGCGAUGUUCCCGCCCAUAAAUUUGUUUUGUCAUCUCGUAGUGACAAUUGGGGUGUUCCAGAUUUAACCGAAGUCGUUGACCUAGAUUGGACUGUAUUGCCAUUAGAGGUCGGUAAAGCAUUGCUGAAAUGGAUUUAUACUGACCAAGUUGAUUUUUCCAAAGGUGAUAGUUUUACUUUGAGCUUAAUGAAAACAGCCGACACAUUUCUUUUAGACGAUCUCGUCAAUAAAUGCGAGAAAGCUCUUAUGGCUUCAGUGAAUGUCAAGAACUGUGUAAAGUUCUUUACGACAGCUGAUGAAAUCGGAGCUCAAACAUUAAAAGAACACUGUUCAAGUUUAAUAUCAGCUCAUUGGGAUGAUUUUACAAGUGAUGAUUUCGCACACAUGUCGGCUCAAUUUCUUUAUCACAUGUUUAAAAGUAAAACUAAAUAUCCAUUACAUUCCGCUGUCAGGUUACGGCGAGAAGAUGUGGUAUUCCUGUACGUAGUUGAACAUAGCUCCCAGCUCGGCAUAAAAAUUAAUGAGCUUGACAACAAGGGCGAUUCGGCGUUAGACUUGGCUCUGCGUGACCAUCAAACAAGCAUUGGGGAAAUGUUAUGUGAGAAUCAAGCCGAUUUGGAUUUGCGUGAUCGAAACGGUCAUACGUUACUACAUUUAGCUGUACAAAGAGGCGAUUCGUAUGCCGCAAACUUCUUGUUGAGUCAUGGCGCUUCUGUGAGCACUGUCACACCCGACCAAGGCAACACAGCCCUUCAUCUGAUUGCCAGUUCGUCAUCUCAUCCCGAUACCAGCGAAUCCACUGCUGCCAUGACCGCUGUGGCUGGAACGUUGCUCAAAUCUGGACUAGAUCCGAACUUGCCCAACAAUAAUGGAUUUACGGCUUUGCAUUUAGCCGUUUUAAUUCAAAAUGAUGACAUAUUUACACUGCUUUUGGAAUAUGCAGAGUCUGGCAAAAUCAAUCUUAACGUCCAAACGGUUGACGACCACACUCCUUUGUACUAUGCUCUAAUCAAUACGCUCAAACUGGAAGACGAAGAGAGUUUUGCAUCACGGUUAGUUGCGGCCGGAGCCAAUCCUAAUCCGAUUUAUAGGAAAACGUCAGAUUCCAUGUUGCAUAAAGUAGCUGACGAAGGUCUCGAAGAUGCAGCUCUUUUCAUUACAACCCGUUGUGAUAAUAUUAACUACACAAACAGAAAAGGAGAAAGCGCUUUACAUAUAGCGUGCAAAAGAGGACUGUCGCGUUUAGUACGACGUUUGCUAGAAUUUCACGCAAACCCGAAUUUGCAAACAUUACCUCCCGACAGUAUUAUAUUGAGCACUGACGAUGGCUUACAAAUAGCGUAUAGACUAACGCCAUUGCACACGGCUAUAAUUCACAAACAAGAAGGGGCCGUGAAUGCUAUUUUACAUCAUCAUAAUACGAUUUUAGCUGAACCAAAGGAUGAUUUUUCUUCUGUUAAUUUAAACCUACGAGAUUCGUUGGGAGAUACGCCUUUGUCAUUGGCAUUAAAAUCUGAUAUGCAACAUAUAGUUCCUGAUCUCAUUGCGGGUGGAGCUGAUAUCGAUAUGAGAAACGGAGAGGGCAUGACUCUCCUCCAUCAAGCGAUACUAAUUGGAGACGAAAAAACGGCUUUAUAUUUAGUUAAACAAGGAUCAAAUUUUGAUUCAAAAACUCAAGAUGAUCAAACACCGCUGGAACUUGCUGUAGCUGGCGGUCAGAAUAUUGUUGUUGAAGAGUUAUGUAAGCGAGGUGUUGACAUGACCACUCCUGCUUCUAACGGUGAUCCUAUUCUUUGGCUUGCUUUAACUGCCGAUCAAGAAGACAUUGCUUCCACCCUAGUCAAGUAUGGUGUUGAUACUGAUUCAUGGAGCGAAGGCCCAGAAGGAUGCUUACAGACUCUGCUGCAUCGUGCAAUUGAUGAAAAUUCAGAAAACGCUGCUCGUUUUCUUAUUCGCAGUGGCUGUGAUAUAAAUAGUCCUCGAAAACCUGGACCCGGCGGUCGAGGAGGUGAAGAAUCCAAAGACUUAUCUUCUCCUUUACAUUUAUGUUGUCACUGGGGACUUCAAACUGUUGUGCAAACACUAUUGGAACACGGAGCCAAUGUUAAUGCUUGGGAUGCUGAACAUAAAACACCUCUUCACGUCGCUAUUAAGAAUCAGCACAGUGGCAUCAUAACCUUGUUGCUUUGUCAUCCGUCAAUUGAUUUGACCAAGAGGGAUCGUACGGGCUUAACUCCUUUUGCGGCUGCGUUGACUUGUCGAAAUGACAAAGCCGCUCGUUCAAUACUAGAUAAAUUGCCGGCAGCUGCAGAACAAUUUGACAACAAAGGAUGCAACUUUUUACACAUGGCAAUCCAAAAGGGUGAUAUUGAAAGCGUGCUGUUUUUGCUCUCGGUAAACGUGGACGUUAAUUCCAGAGUCCAAAACGAAUUACAGACUACACCUCUACAUUUAGCGGCUGCGUCUGGUAAUGAAAUGUUGGUGCGCAGUAUCAUUUUGGCUGGAGCCAGGGUCAACGAUCAAGAUACAAUGAAGAGAACGGCAUUGCAUGUAGCCAGCGAAGCCGGCCACGCUUCUAUUAUUACCGCCUUAUUGACCAACAACGCUAAUUUUGAUGCGGUCGAUUGUGAAGGACAAAAUGCAUUACACAUUGCUUGUCGUGAAGGACAUUUGCAAGUCGUACAAGUACUGUUGGCUGAAUCUCAGAUAAACGCCGAAGCUAUGACCCUAAAGUGUCGCAAUCCUUUACACGAACUGGCCAAACACAGUAAAGAAAGUGCUGCCGCAAUAUGUGAGGUGUUUUUGGAAUACAUGCCCAAAUAUCCAUUAGAAGUUCAAGACAGUGAAGGAAAUACAGCACUUUUGUUGGCUUAUAUGAAAGGCAAUGGGAACUUGUGUCGAACAUUAGUGAAAGCUGGUGCUUGCGUGGGUGCAAUGAACAACGAUGGCAUUACCAUUUUCAACUGUCAAAUGGCCACUACACAGUUGCUGUCCAGAUUACUCGAUAGCCUGACCAAAGAACCGCCGUGGGUCGAAGGAUGUGAAGUGUGUCAAGAGUGUGGCAUGAAAUUUGGUUUUACCAUGCGUAAACACCAUUGCCGCCAUUGUGGUAGACUAUUGUGCAGUAAAUGCUCCAGCCAAGAAGUUCCUAUCAUAAAGUACGGCCUUGUUAAACCUGUCCGAGUGUGCGUAUCGUGCUUCCAAGUCUUGCAGGGAGUUUAAAAAAUAACCUGUGUAAUCCCUCAAAAUAUGUAUACUUAAAUAUCAAAAGGAGAAUGUAACCAAUCAGUUUGUUAUUAUUUAAUAUUAUUAUUGUAACCACUAUAUUAUAUUUGGUUUGAUACAAAGAAGUAAAACAAUAAGAAACAGAAUAUUUAUCUACAUGUUUCUAUUUGUCAAAUUCAUGUUAAAUUUAUUUAGAACUAUUCCAAUUUACUGAUAAUUUGUUUAUUAAUAUGUCAGUUUUAUAUUUUGUAUUUAUUUAUAUAUUUAACC